AUGUCAAACGACGACUCGAAAGAAUUAUCAAAAGUUGUAAGCAAAGCAUUGUGCAUUGAUGGCAUGAAUGGCAUUAGUGAGAAGUUAACACGCCUUUCGAAGUCGUCGACACAAGUCAUUGAGUUUAUAAACAAACACAAGAUUGAUACAAUAUAUGGUGGUAGUCAAGCAGAAGGCACUGAAACGAAAGAGAGUGACUUUGAUCAAAUGACAGUAGUACCUGAUAUAACUGUUUGUAUGUCAAAAGAAAAUGCAGCACUUGUUCAUGGCCAUGUUUUCGAAUUGAAUGCCAAUGUUAGCCAACCUGGAUAUUGCAGACUUAAAGUAAACCACUUGGGGAAUGAAGAAUGCGAUUUUUUACAAGCGUGUCAAGGCAGUAUCCAAAAUUUACUUGAGGAACAAAACGAUGGUAUAUUUCUUUCCAGCGACAAGUUUGUAAAAUUUUUUGUCAACUUACCGAAACGUCUUGGUUUUUGUGUGCCUCCGAAUGUACGACAUGGCCCAUGCACAAUGUGCGAGGUACAUUCUUCGUUAGGAAGAUAUAUAGGAAAGCUUAAAGAGGAGAAGGACCAUGCUUAUAGCCUCCAAUGUGAAGAGUGGCCUCAUGAGGCCAAAGAGUGGUUCAGAAGAAAACGCCUUCAUGAUUGGCCGAAAACUGAAAUAAUAGAUACAAUUAAAAUGCAAAGUUGUCACGCGGUUCCCGUGGGAGAUAGAAUUUCUUCUAAUUUUUCUAGAGAGUGGCGAAUAUCUUUUCUACUGCAAGAAAGAGAAUUGGUGUGGAGCUUCAACGACACACAACUCCAUUGUUAUAUUUUAAUGAAAAAAAUAUUGAAAAAAUACAUUGAGCCGACUAUCUCUGAUGAGCUGAGUUCUUAUCAACUAAAAACUAACUUGUUUUGGCUAUUAGAAGAACAAGGCACAUCUAUAUGGCAACAAGAAAAUCUUUUGCAGUGUAUGACUAUCUGCUUUGAAAGACUUUUAGGGUGCAUAGAGAAUGAGGCGUUAGAACAUUAUUUUCAUAGAAAAAGAAACUUGUUUGCAAACAAAUUAAAAAAUGAAAAAGACAAAAUAUUUGCUCUAGAUAAAAUAAGAGAAAUAAUGAACAAUAUAGAAACCAGUGUCCUUGAAUGUUUGCAUGAUAUAAAAGAUCUUGCAGAAACAUGGGAAACCAGUGGAAAAGAUACAACAGUUUUUUUGCAACAAUGUAAACUUCUCCCUCGUCUGAAUGAAUUGUAUUUUGCAGUUGAAGAAAUGUAUCAAGAUAUUCAUUCGCACGUGUUUGAAUUCAAUAUAUGUUUAAGUAGUUUCCAAUACGACGAAAAAGAAAUAGCAGGACUGAUAGUCAAGGAUUUCUUUACAUUGGAUGACAAACUGUCAUUUCAAGGAAUUACAUCAGAGGAGAAGAUGUUCAUACCGGCAUGGUAUUUUUAUAGUAUCAGAGUUGGAAUGCUUUAUUAUAGAUAUGUCAAAAGUCCAAUAAAUUACGAUAGAUAUCGGGAGUGUAUCGAUGACAGUUUUUUCACGGUAGAGGCAGCUAUUCAUAGUAUUGGACGUGGAUGUCCCAUUGAUCAUAUGUCCGGAAUGCUUUAUAUUGCCUCGGUUCACCUAAACGAAGGUCGUGUUGCCAUUGCAAACAAAAUGGUUCUGGAAAUCCUGAAAGUCGACAACGUCUUAAUGUAUGUUGGACGUUGUUCUGAGAAAAGAUGUAUACAGCUAACAAUAGAAGGAAUUCCGGAACAACGACAAAAUCUAAAAAAACAUAUGAAAAAAGAGAUGCCCCAUACUUUUGAUGUUGUAUUUUCUCCAAAUGAUAUACACUGUGUUCCAACACCUGUUGGAUACGAAUGCUAUGUUACACAAUUGAACCGAGACAAAAAAUAUAAGGAUUCCAUUUUAUUUCAUCCAUGCGUUUACGCACAAUUUUUACUUUGUUUUGGAUACUAUAAAAUUGGAAAGCGAAAGGAAUUAGAAAAUGCAUUAGACCAAUUACAUUCAACUAUUGAAAGCAUUAAGGGCGGAUAUCAAAGGUAUCGUGCUCUUAAUCUUCUUGGGAACUGUUAUUAUUUGAAUGGAAAAUAUCAACAGGCUUUUAGUUGCUUUCAGGAGUCAAUUUCUUUAGCGGACAAUAGAGUACAAAAUGCAGCAACUUACCACAUAUGUAUAAUGCUUAUGCAUAUACUGGACAUCUUUGAACAAAUCAGUCGUGAGAUUAAACUUUAUUGA